AUGGACACUUCCACCCCCACCACCGACUCUGCCGCAUCAUUCGACAAGCUCCUCUCCCUCGCACAGCAGGCGGGCAACUCCGCGCCCACAGCCCCCCGCGGUCCAAGCCCCUACGUUCGCCUCCUGCUGGAAAUUGCCACUCGUACCCGCAACGUCAAGGUCAACGGGAAGGAGUAUGUGGCGGCCAUUGUGGAGGCGGAGCGUGCUGAGGCGAGGUAUGCGGCGCGGAAGAGGGUGUACUUGAGGGAACUGGAGUAUGAGAAGACCACAUAG